AUGAGUGAUGUGGGAACAUCCAUUUUCAGUCACGGUGAAAUUGUUCGUUUCGGUGUUCAUCGAAAACUUUUAUACUUGGAAGAUCAUGAUGAUUAUCAUUUCUUACAUGGAAUAGUAAAUCGAUCUCAACCAAAAUUAUUACAUCUUCCAUUUACAAGAAUGGCUAAAGGUGGGCGAACCACACCGCCUCAGAUUAAAGAAUUAAUACGUCUACUUCGGCAAUUCUUACCGAAGGAAGCUACAAUUCAUAUUUUUGUGCUUGUUGAUGCAGAUCUUCGACAGAAAAGCAUUCUAGAUAAAGAAAAAGAAAUAUACGCUACGACAGAGGAGUGGAACCAGUUAAAUGUCAAAAUUUACUAUCAUUGUUGGGCAGCUCGUGAAUGGGAAAAUUGGUUACUUAUUAAUGAAUCUUUUCUUUAUGAAAUAUUAUGUAACGAUGCGAUAAAGGAUGAAGAACAAGCGAUUAAACGGCUGCGAAAUCAAAUACAACAGUAUUAUCCAAAUGAGUCGAUUUUUUCUACAUCUGACUCACUUCAACACAGUCAGCCUAUAACAACUUCUGCCACUACUUCAAGCAGCCAUCCACAACAUCAUAGCGAUAACAAUGCAUUUGAAGACUGGUUUAAGAAAGAACUUAGUCGUCAUUUCCAAAAAUUAUUAAAAACAUUAACAGCACCCAUGAUGGAAGGUAUCAACAAAAUCAGUAGCGAAAAUGAAAAGCAGUUACAAUGUGAUUUGUGUAACAAAUUUUUAAACAAGGCAGGCAUAAGUGAUGAUAUGAUGAACAGAUUUGAUCAUCUUCGUAAACGAGUUGAACAAUUUAUUGGUUAUCAGCUACAACAAGAAAGCCCAGACUAUAAAAAUAAGAAAGAAGAAAUCAAAAGACAGCAAAGAGCCAAUGCAAGUACAACAGAUAAAGAAACAGAAGGGCAAAAGAAAGACAACGUUAGUAAAUCAGAUGAAGAAGAAAACACUCGUCGUCAAUGGCUAAGUGAUCGAAAAUUACCGGAAACAGCAGAAAUGAUUGAAAGUCUGUCUACACUAGAAAGAAAAGAAGUAACAAAAUGGAUUGAUGCCAAACUAUUCUUUCAUCAAUUGACACAUGAUAAAGAUAAUGAAAUAGGCACAGAUCUCGAUGAUUAUUGGAAAAAAGCAUUUUCAUUAGAAACAUCCACCGAAAACAAAUAUGAUAGAUAUUUUACAUAUCUCGAUCCACAAAACUCAGACCAAUGGCCCGAAGAUUUUAAUACUUUACUUGAAAUAUUCCAAAAAUUUAUAGAAGCUCCAUAA